AUGCAGUUUGGGAAAAAAGGGAAAUUGAGUCCCAGGUAUAUCGAGUCGUACAAAAUCAUUCAAAGGAUUGGUCAGGUGGUUUACAGGUUCGAGCUACCACCAGAGAUGUCAUUGGUGCACCCGAUGUUUCAUGUAUCUAUGUUGAAGAAGGUAGUCGGAGAUCCGAAUCUCAUCGUUUCAUUUAUGUCUAUUGAGGUUAAUGAAGAAUUGUCUUACGAGGAGAUUCUGAUUGCCAUUCUUGAUAAGCAAGUUCGAAUGCUAAGGAAUACAGAGAUUGCCUGCAUGAAAGUAGAUAGGCCCAGAUACAGGGAAAACUCUGCCGAAAUGUUUGAAAAUUUAGGGAGUUAG